UUGCUCUGCUUAAUAGUUAACGAUGCAUACUGAGUACAAACCUGGUACGUAAACUACAGAAGAGAGAGGGUUGUAGCCUAUUUGUACCAUAAGAUUCCUCUAAAGAUAUCAGAAGAAUUGCAUAUCCCAAUGAAGUCCAUCAUCAACCUCCCCUUGUUACUGACUAUUCUUCAAGUCUGUUGUCAUCAUCUACCAGGACAUGAUGGUUUCCAAGAUGAUCAUGGAGAAAACAAUCCACAUGAGCAUCAGUACAGUCUUUCAAGAGAAGAGCAGGGAGAGAAAUCUCCAGACUAUCAUAAGAUAACUCCCAGUAAUACUGACUUUGCAUUCCGGUUCUACAGAAACAUUGCUUCAGAUCCAGAUGGCAACAACAUUUUUUUCUCUCCUCUCAGCAUCUCCACCGCUUUUGCUUUGUUGGCAUUAGGUGCCAAAUCUGAAACCCAUGACGAGAUUUAUAAAGGACUUUCUUUUGAUCUGCUGGAAAUUAAGGAGAAGGAGAUCCAUGAAGGGUUCCACCAGCUCCUUCAUGUGCUUAACCAACCAAAUAACAAAGCACAGGUGAAUUUAGGGAAUGGUUUAUUCAUAGAACCAUCACUGAAAUUCCUGCCAGCUUUUUUGGAGGAUGCCAAAAACGUGUAUGGUGCUGACGGUUUUUCUACCAACUUCAGCAGUCCCAGAGUGGCUAAAAAGCAAAUUAAUUAUUAUGUACAGAACAAAACAGAUGGGAAAAUAGCCUGUGCACUUGAUGAACUGGACGCAAGCACUGUCAUGGUUCUUGUAAAUUACAUAUUCUUCAAAGCUUACUGGGAAAACCCUUUUGAUACUCACUUUAUCAGGGAAAGAGACUUCUUUGUGGAUGCAAAUACUACUGUGAAAGUCAACAUGAUGCAUCGAAAAGGCUACUACAAAUUUAUCUAUGAUGGAGAUCUUUUUUCCUGGGUAGUGGAACUUCCUUACAAAGGAGAUGCUACAGCAUUCUUCAUUCUGCCAGAUGAGGGUAAACUUGAGCAUGUGGAAAGUGCUUUGGCAAAAGAACAUCUGAGCAAAUGGACACAAUCCUUUCGGCAUGAGAAUAUACGUCUAAUCAUCCCCAAAUUUUCAAUUUCUGCUACUUACGAUGUCAAGGACUUGUUGGAAAAAAUGGGCAUAACUGCUGUGUUUAAUGAUACUGCUGAUCUGUCUGGAAUUACUGGAGAACAGAAUCUGAAGGUUUCAAAGGUUAUUCAUAAGGCUGUGUUGGAUGUUAAUGAGAGUGGCACAGAGGCAGCAGCUGUCACCACUAUAGAGUUUAUGCUCCGUUCUGCUCAGCUUCAACCUCCGCUUACCAUCAGUUACAACAAACCGUUCCUGGUGAUAAUUGUUCAUCAAUCAACAGAGAGUAUCCUCUUCAUUGGGAAGAUUCUGGACCCUACCAAAAAAUAAAUAGCAAAAGAAAGUUAAACCUUAUUCAGGUGACUUUAAAAUUGCUCACUUUUUUUAGCAGCUAGCUCAGGCAUGGGCAACCUUCGGCCCUCCAGGUGUUUGGACUUCAACUCCCACAAUUCCUAACAGCCGGUAACUAGCUGCUACCACUCUGAACCUACUGUCGUCCCUUCCAACCUCUUAUGUGAUUAUUCUCAAAUGCAUCAUUAAACUGGUUUACCAUCCAA